GAGCAUUGCUUGCAUGGCAUUGCAUUCAGCGUUCAUAGCUACGUCUGGCUGUACAAGACAUCAACCGACACAGACGACGAUCUAUACACACAUACACACGCACAUUUCCAGACUGUCUGGAUGAACGACUUAAUUGGUGAUGGACACAGACGUACAGACAGACAGAGAGACAGAGAGAGAGAGAGAGAGAGAGAGGCUAGGGCUUGAACUGAGCGUCGAGCGCUCGUGACAGCCACUCCUUGAGCCUCCUGCUCAUCUCCCACACAUCGCCGUCAACCAACACACCUGACACAUGACACACACCAUGCAUGACUCACACAGCUGGGGAUCACCACACCCACUCGUCUGUCCAUCAGCAGGCCGCCCAACCUACCUUUGUGCAUCUGGAUGGCCUCCAAGUGUGCCGUCACGCACAGAUACUCAGACAUCUUCACACGCUGCGCACACGAGUAAGCAAGCAUAUAGGUCCAACAGCCAGCCAGCCCACCUUUCUGCCAUCCCUCGAUCAUCUCAUUCUCACCACAGCAUGCGUGUGCUCCACUGACGGCGCAUCGACCACCGACACAUCGACGCCCCUGUCCCAGUCGAAGGUCUUGCCAUCACCAGACCUCUUGGCAGCCGACCACCAAAUGGGCGAAUCCUUGUGUGCCUGCCGGUUGGCCCUCAGCUGCUCCAUGGCUGGCCUCAGGAGGGGGUCUUUCUCGUACUCGCGCUGGAAGCGGGUCAGCAGCGCCUCCCACACGAGCCACGCUGAGCCCUGACAGACAACAGAAGGAAGAGAAGGAAGAGAAGGAAGAGACAGAAAAUGAAUCAAUCGGUCGUCGGGCGAGCGCUGUCUGUUGUCUUGUCAGUCACCUUCUUGUGUGCGUUGAGGUGUGCGUUGAGCUUUGUGAAUUCGUCUCUGGGCCCGCCAGUGGACAGCUCCACCACGCCAACCUUGCAGGACGGAUCGAUCGCCGCACCCUCCUCCCAUCUGCACACACACACAUACACACACACACACACACAUGCGUGAGCUGCACUCUGUGUGCGGUUCCCCUGUGUGUGUGCAUUUGUUGUCUCCCUCACUUGUGCAGUGCUGCAGCGGUCCCGGCUUUGAACGUCUGAAAAGGCUCAAGUGUGGGCGGCAGGGUGAAUCCGAAGCUGAGGAACAGCUGAGGGUUUGACCGGUCGCCGUACGAGAUGACGAUCUCCUCACCCGCAGCAAUCGCACGGCUCGCAUUCACCUGACCGUGUGUACACACACCACACAUCGAUGGCACACAUUGACGGACGCCCAGCAUCAGCCAGCCCCAUAUCAUCCAUGCGGUCAUUCUCUGUCUGUCUACCUGCAGCGAGUCGACGACGGCAUCAAACUGCCAGCGGGCAUUUGCGAAUCUCGAUGGCGCAUGGUUCAGCAGGUCAGCGCCACACGGGACCACAUCACCCAACCCAUUUGCCACAGCCAUGCUCCGCGACUGCAGCAGUGCCGUCGCCCGCAUGAACGACUCCAGGCCAAACCUCGGCCCGAGAAUCCGCCUAUCCACGUUGGCCAAAAUCUUCCUGUGGUCCUGGGCGUAGAAACUCCGAUGCUUGGCCGCAAGGGUGGCCAGGAGGGAUGGGGAGGCAUAGAGGGGCGGCGCCGCGUCGGUGUGGUUGCCGGCAGCUAUGGCGGGUAGCGGAGGGGUGGGCAGCGAGGCGAUCAGCUUCAGCCACGCCUCCCACAGAGAAUGUACCUCCUUAGUGCCCGAGAUGACGGACAGAGGGGCGGCUGUGCCGUGUGUGUCGAUGUGAUCGAGGGCGAGAGCCAUGAAGGCCUGCAGGGGCGCGUUGUGCUUCAGAUGCAGGCCGGGGAUCUUCUGCACCUCCGCCACCAGCGGGUGGAUGCCCUCCACUGCCGAGCCCGUCAGCAUCACCUUGCGUGGGAUGGUCAACAGCACCUCGUUGGCCGCUAUUGCCCGACUGGCCACAAUCCCUCGAUGGCCGCGCUGCCCCUCAGAGCCAUCCAAUAAAGUGAGGGCGGCACUGAUGUGGCCGUCGUUGGCUCCCAUUGCCGUACGCAGUGCAUCGAAUGGCGUUGCAAGGGAGGUCGAUUGGCCGACGAUACUCCUCCAUCUUGGCAGCACAUGGGUGCUGAACAGACUGGCGAUGACGGCUGACAGGGCGCCGAGGCAGAUGAGGGAAAAGCGCCCGCUCCAAUUGCCCGCCGCAGCGGCUCCCAUGUCAGUUCCGUGUGCACUCGCCGCGUGUACGAGAUCUGAAAGAACAAAGAGAUAGGAAUAAUGCACCGAUCGUGCCUUCGCG